UCGUCGCCGUCGGUGCUGGAGAUCCUGGACACGGCGGGCACCGAGCAGUUCGCCUCCAUGCGCGACCUGUACAUCAAGAACGGCCAGGGCUUCAUCCUCGUCUACAGUCUGGUCAACCAGCAGAGCUUCCAGGACAUCAAGCCCAUGCGCGACCAGAUCAUCCGCGUCAAGCGCUACGAACGCGUGCCCAUGAUCCUGGUGGGCAACAAGCUGGACCUGGAGGGCGAGAGGGAGGUGUCUGCCGGGGAAGGCAAGGCGCUGGCGGACGAGUGGAGCUGCCCGUUCAUGGAGACCUCGGCCAAAAACAAAGGCUCGGUGGACGAGCUGUUCGCGGAGAUCGUGCGGCAGAUGAACUACGCGUCUGCGCCGCGCGGAGAUGACCAGUGCUGCGCGUCCUGCGCGAUCCUUUAAACCCCAGCGCCGCUUCUGGGUUCU